AGAGUAAACUUCAAGCACAGUGCAAAAUGGCGAAUUCUAUGGAUGUGCAGCCGGAAACCCUAGAGGAGAACCGAGACGACGAUCAUCAAAACCCUAGCUACGACAUCGAAGCAACACAUGACUUCGAAACACUGGCUCGAUCAUGGCUCUCCUCGCUGCCCGCAGACAAGUCUCUAAACCCUUCUGACGUCGAAACUUGGCUUCAAUCCAACAAUUCCUCCUUACCCGAUCACAUCAAAUUAAUGCCUCCAUCAGAUGUAUACCAGAUGUUUCUUUCGUUUUUAAACGAUGGAACUCCCUCCAAUGAGGAAAAAGAUCCUAAUCAUGCUCGUUUCCAGCGCACUGAUCAGUGGAUGCCAAUUUAUUCAUGGUUAGAGUCUUUAAAGACGGACGAGGUAAUUAAGUCAAAAGAAAUAAUAGAUUGGCUUACCGAGAAUCCAGAUGUCAGGGACGAUUUGUCUGCAAGACAUUCUCGUUACCAUCUAAUGCACUACAUUAAAAAAUGCCACAUGAAAAUACUGAAGAGAAAAGAAAAGAAGAAGGGAUUGCAUACUACCAUUAAAACAAGUUCUCCAAGGGCUCAGAAGACUGAGGAAAAGAAAUCACUAGUUGUUCUUCCAAGUAGUAGUGUGAUCAAGCUCCAAAAGGAUAGUCCGAUAUAUAUGGUGAAACGAAAUGAAGCUUUCCGGAAAUAUGAAAUGUCAGUUAUUUUCAUCUUUAUACUUUUUUUUAUGUUUCAUAGAAAUAAUUCUCGAAAUAAAUGCAACAAUUUCCUUUUUGAAGUGUCCGAAUAUACAUGCAAAAUCUCCCGUUUACAUAUUUUGUCUAUGGGUAAUGGUAGCCUUGAUUUUGUCGAGGUGACUACCUCUAUCUUGUCGAUAUUUUUUGGCAUAUUUGAGAUGUUUGAUGAGUACGCACUCGCUUCCAUUACAAUGCGAUUACUCAAAUGUUGCAUAUAUAUUUUGGGGAUAAUUACAAACAUAACCAACUUGAGAUGGGCCCGACCACAAAAUGAGACAUUUUUUUUGAACUUGUACACACACAUACACAUACACACACACAGAGCAGAACCCUCUAAAUCGUGAGAUCUUUGAGGCUGAGCCCUCGACUUUCUGGGAGACUAGGUUCAACCAGUGUGACCCAGGUACCGUUGGACCCCAAAAAAAUGGGGUCAUUUUGUGACGGGUGCCUUGCCAUAAUGGUUAUAUGUGUAAUUAUCCUUGUAUUUGGGAUAGACAGUUUACCGAUU